UUAUAAACAGCCAUUUUAACGUAACCCCUCGCCACCAAAUCUCUCAUGUCUUGCUUAAACCUCAGCCUUGGGCUUCCACCUGCCAAGAAAGCAUGGCAGAACUUCACCUCCAAGCUGCUCCAUAAACCUCACAAGUCCAUGGCUCUCAAGAAGCCUAAAUAUCCAUCCAAGAGUUCUAACUUCUUUGAGCAGCGUGAUCAGAGCAGUUCAAGAAGGUUUUUUUUCCGUCCCUCUAAGUAUGCUCUUCCUUUCAAACGACGUAGAAGCCGCUUCCUUUCCCACAAAAAAACUGCGCCUGUGUAUAUUGACAAGCUCUUUCGAGAGCCUGUUGCUGAUGAGUUGGUGGAGCAGUGUCCGCCAAGUGCCAAGACUAUGAAGUUCUUGGACAACCACCAGGCGGUGAUAGUGUCAACAGAGGCAGAAGCAAGCAGGCCGGAAGAUGGAAAAGGAGAUGAAAGAGCCAUUGCAGCAGAUGAUAUGUGGGAGUCGUUGGGAUUCGCAUCUCCACAAAUGCGAGGAAUAGAUGAAAGGGCUGAGCAAUUCAUUACGAGUUUCCGUUCAGAGAUGGAGGUUCAGGAGAUGAUAGCGCGCCGUUUAUUUAUACUUGGGCAUAGCGAAUAAUAGCAGACCUAGAGAAGUAGAGAUCUUUCGAGGGAGGAAAUUAAGUAUAUUGAAAGAUGAAUGAAAAGCAUACGGAGGAUGGAUUGUUGAUAAAGUUCUGAUGAUCUGUAGCUCCUGUAAAUAUACCUCCAUCCAAAUAAUAGAUAAGUUUGUACCAACCCCCUUUAGUUUUUAGUAAUAAGUUCAAAUUUCAAUGGCUCAUUGUACCCAAAAAAAAAAAAUUUACAUUAGUUUGUGCUUGCUUUUGCAAAGCAAUAUACUAUUAUUUUCCUCA